AUGACCAAAGCACCUCUCUUGCUGCUGUGUGUUGCCCUGGUGCUAACUGGGCAUGUGCAUGGAGCCACACUGAGAAAUGAAGACAAGUGGAAGCCACUCAGCAACUCCAGAAAUCGUGAUCUGUUUUUCAGAAGCCUUCAGGCAUAUUUUAAGGGCAGAGGUCUUGAUCUUGGGAGGUUUCCAAAUACUUUCUCCAUGAACGAGAAUCCCAGACCUCUCUCUUUCCAGCCAGAACUGAUAGCUGCUGCGUUUGCAGACUAUGAAGAACAGAAAAAUUCCUUUCCCAAUUACCUCAAAGGCUGA